ACGAAUUGUGAAGUGAUGACGGAGACGUAACUUUCUGAUACUUUUCUUUUUCUGUUUUUUUCUUUUUUUUUUAAAGCCCGUCCGCACAAACUACACACGUGCUGGACCCUCGAUACAUAGAGGGGGGGCACCAGGAUCCAUCCAUCCAUCCACGGACGUAGCGUAUUCCUCCAUCCAUCCCUUGUCGAUUCCGUCAUGGAAGUUGUCGAUGUCUGGUAUAGUAAACAAGAUUACAUCGAAACUGCUUCAGGAAACAAAGUGAGCAGAAACUCUGUGCUUUGUGGCAGCCAAAAUAUUGUCCUCAAUGGAAAGACCAUUAUCCAGUCCGAGUCCAUCAUCAGAGGCGACUUGGCAAACGUGAGGAUAGGCCGCCACUGCGUAAUCAGCGAAAAAUCUGUCAUAAGACCUCCAUUCAAGAAGUUCAGCAAAGGGGUGGCGUUUUUCCCGCUCCAAAUUGGAGAUCACGUCUUUAUCGACGAAGGCAGCGUCAUAAACGCAGCUUGCGUUGGCUCCUAUGUGUACAUCGGCAAAAACUGCCUUGUGGGACGCAGAUCAGUGUUGAAAGACUGUUGUAUGAUUAUGGACAACACAGUGUUAGCCCCAGAGACUGUUGUCCCCGCAUUUGCAGUAUAUUCUGGCUCUCCAGGAUUAUUUAGCGGAGAGCUCCCGGAAUGCACGCAAGACAUAAUGGUUGAUUUUACUAAAGAAUAUUACCAGCAUUUCAAACCAAAAGGUUCUGGGUAGCACCGAUGUAUUGAAUACUUUUGUGAACAAAGCUCCGUCCUGUCUA